AUGAUCGAAAAGGGAACUCCUGUAGGAGAAACCUACUGUAGAUCGGUUAUUUGGUGGGACGACGACGGAAUCUAUAACGAAGAGGGCUGUGGAGAACGUCCUUUUGGUCCACGUUUGCGCGUAGAUGGUGGAGAAAUUGCAGAGGAAAAUGAGAUACCAUGGGCUGCUCUGCUCAAGAGGAAAGAGAAAACUUCCUCUCCAUUUGGUGAAGCCAAAACAUCACGAGCCUCGGUAACAGCAAAAAUAUUGAUUAAGGUCUACUUUCUACCGACAGGCGAUCGUGCUACCGAUCCGAACGACAUCGCCAUUGUUCAGCUGUACACCCCAGCGGUAGAGAAAGGAGUCUGGCCGAUUUGCCUUCCUUCAGAACAGGACCAACUGUUCAAAGGAGAGAAACCACGUGUUGCUGGAUGGGGAAUUCAUCGUUAG